CGAGCUAUUACUCUCGGAGGGAAACUGACUAACCUCGUAUGGACGAAGUAAAUCUGGGAUUUCCCACUUGAUUGGAGAUGUCUGAGCUCGCCCAGUUUCUUUCUCCUUCGUUUUCGUUUCGUUUCACUAGCCUUUAGUAACAGCUAGGGUUUAAGGAACGGAAGCUUUCUAUUCAAUGGCGUGGUGGGAAGGGUUCGAAGAAACCCGUCUUCUCAUCGCAGCAGAUACUACUGAAUCCGGAGACGACGUCGGACAAUUGAUUUCGCUCCGCCAUCCCAAGUCCGGAAACAAAAUGUGCUACCUUUUUGUUAAUGGGGUGGUACUUCAGGAACUCAAUUGGUUUAAGCAAUCCUGCACUUUUUGGUGUCUGGGUGAAUAUGUUACUGCAGAAGUCGGAUCCUCCAAAUUUUUUAGGCUGGAUGAUUCCAAGGUUCUGGCUUGGUUGUACCACAAGGUAUGUCAGCUAAAACAGACAAUAUCCACUUUGGACCAUAAUUAUGCUGCACGAGAAGAGAAAGACAUGUACAAUUUCAUGACUGAUGCAGUUUCAGUAUUGGGGGAAUACGUGAAGGAUGAGCCCUGGUUGAAGCUUUUGAUUGACUGUUUGAGGAUAGAUUUUACAGAAGCAACGAGAAAAAUGUCAGAUAUCGAAUUUCUCCCGACUGCCACAGGAAGUAACCUGGUGCCUUGUAAUGGUUCACAGGAAAAAGGGUAAGAGUGAGAUUAAGCCCACUCAAGCCGGAAGGCAAGCGAAGAAGGUGAAAAUGGAGACAGAAUCACAUAACAUCAGAGCUAUGUUUACUAGGGCUUCUUCAAGAAGGAAAAAGUGAACCAUUUCAAAACGAUUGCGUAGAUCAUGAUUCAAGUUGCCAAUUGACCAACAUGCUGUCUCCUUGUAAUGCUUCGACUGUAUCGUUGGUUCGUGUCACAGUGAUUAGUAACUUGUUUCUCAAGUUUGAUCAAUUUUCUAUUUGUUUUGUAAGAACUAAGCUUACUCAAUAGCAACAUCUGUAUUUGGCACCUGAUGUAUUGUAUCGUGCAGAACUUUUUUGAGUC